CGACAUCAGAUGGUUGAUAAAAGAAUAAUAACUAGGUAGAUGGUAUUUGUAAACAAAUAGACACAUAAUACUGCAUUACAUACUACAUAGCCGUAAUGUUGGACUGAGAUGUGAUCUGCUACCGCCUUGGGGUCUUGGCCCAGACAGAGUCCAUUGAUGGUUCGCCUAGUCGAUCUUCCCCUGUUGCGCAAUCAUUGCCGCUUCAUGGAAUCCCUCGAGCACAACCCUUGAACGGGUGUUACCUAUCUUUGAUUCGAGAAUUUCGGAAUUUCCUCGGUAACAUUUAUGUGGAUGUAUUAGGGGCCCGCGAAAUCGCUCCAGUUUGGGCCAAUGGAAGAUGGGGGCGAUAGCAAGCGUGCGGCCUUGUCGGUGGAUAACAAUGAGCUCUCAGAACGGGUCCGAUCCGGGAGUGCCAGUAGUGGCCACAAGCGCAGCCUAUCCGGCUCUCUCUUAUCGAAGCUCUCGUUAUUCCGAAUGAACCAAGCGACACAGAUCACCCCCGAGAGGGCCCAUUCCGGCAUCGAACGCGACGGCGGGGAUAUUCUCGGCUCAAGCCUGCGGGGGGAAAGGGCCAUGUCUAAUGCGUUACAGCAGCAGAGACGAACGCGCCGGAGAAGGGGCUCGUUAAGGAAAACUGCGCUGCUCGGCACCCGGUUCGAGAAUCGCGACAAGAAAGUCGUGAAACACGAACAUACACCGCGGGGGAACUUUGACCGGGCAAAUGAUUCCGAAAACAACCCACGAUGGGUCAUGCUGGACUCGCAACAACAAAAGCCCCUAGGCGCAUCUACUGCACGCCACCAGGCAAGCCUCUCCAAGCACACCAUGCUCGGUGAGGAGAUGAGCGCCGAUGACGAUGACGUGGUGUCUUUUCCCCGACUAAACAGCAAUAAGAACAAUGCCGCUGCUUCCGUGAUGCGCAGUUCAUCUGUCAGCAGCUCCAGUGGUACUGCAGGCUUACACCUUCCAACUCCCUCGUCGAGUUCGGACUCAUACUACGCCUUACAGCCUGACUCAACAUACCGUGUGGUACACCGCACCAAAUCCUCGCCUCUUGCCACACAUGCGGUGGAAAUGAAGAACAGUCCAGAGAUCACCUGGGACUAUUCCGAGACCGAGUGGUGGGGGUGGAUUAUCUUGAUUGUGACCUGGUUAGUUUUUGUCGUGGGAAUGGGAAGUUGCUUUGGGGUCUGGAGUUGGGCGUGGGAUGUUGGGGAGACGCCCUAUGCGCCACCAGAACUGGAAGAUGACCCGACCCUGCCUAUUGUUGGAUAUUACCCCGCGCUCAUUAUCUUGACGGCUGUCAUGUCGUGGGUGUGGGUGAUGGUUGCUUGGGUGGGGAUGAAGUAUUUCAAACAUGCGAAUAUUUCCGGUGAAGAUAUUUGAACUGUCACCUUUUAUGCUGCAUUGUAUGCAAAUUGGUUUUAUGAUGAUUUCUGGGUCAGGCGUUUCAUAUUUAUGAUAAUAAUCUUAAUACAACAUUCAAGAAUGAAAUGGAACCAGCACACCACCAUCAAUCAACACAUAAUAAACCGAAAUAUUCAAGUCCAGAAAGGUCAUGUAAACACUGGGCUGAAAAAUAGAAGAUGCUAAUUACGACAUCAGUAUGCGAGUAAGGACAUAUAUAGACCUCUUAACAAUAUGCAAGCGCCCAGCACCCAGUAACCAAAAGGAAAAGUCUAGUACUUCAACAACCCCAACUCCAACAUUGAUCCAAUUCC